AUGUCUCACGCCCACGACAACGUCAAGUCGGCCGGCCAGCCGACCGUCGACCAUGCCGACGCCGACGCCAUGUACGAAAAGGCCAAUGGCGGCAAGAUCACAGAGGUCCAGGGCAACGCCCACUUCCACGAGACCGUCACCGCCGCGCCCCUCAACCCGUGGUCCAAGACCAGUUUGAAGCUGUACAUGAUUCUGCUCGUCGCCGCCCUCAACGCGACGGCCUCGGGCUUCGAUGGCUCCAUCUUCAGCUCCAUCAACGCCAUGACGCAGUAUCAGCACUACUUCAAGCACACGGAGCUGGGCUCCAGCACUGGCAUCAUCUUCAUGAUCUACACCAUCGGCAACAUGAUCGGCUCCCUCUUCACGGGCCCCAUCUGCGACAAGUUCGGUCGCCGCGCCGGUAUGCUGACGGGCUCCAUCCUCAUCGUCGUCGGCGCCGCCGUCCAGACUGCCGCCCAGAACGACGGCUACCUGCUCGGCGGCCGUUUCGUCCUCGGCUUCGGUGUGUCCAUCGGCACAUCCGCCGCGCCCACCUACGCUCUUGAGCUGGCUCCUCCCCAGUGGCGUGCCCGUGUCGUCGGUUACUACAACACCUUCUUCUACACCGGCUCCAUCCUGGCCACUGGUGUCGCCUAUGCCUGCAGCAAGUCCGAGGGCGAGAUUGCCUUCCGUCUGCCCCUCGCCCUGCAGAUCGCGCCUCCUCUGAUCAUCGGCACGGGCGUCUUCUUCAUCCCCGAGUCGCCUCGAUGGCUCACCAUGUGGGGCAAGAAGGAGAAGGCCGCGGCCAUCCUCGCCAAGUACCACGGCGGCGGCGACACCAACCACCCCAUGGUCCAGCUUGAGCUGCAGGAGUUCGAGAACAGCAUCGAGCUGCAGAAGGCUUCCUCCGUCUGGAACUACUGGGCCCUCGUCAACACCCACAACGCCCGCUGGCGCUUCACCAUGAUGGCCUUCAUGUCCGUCUUUGCCCAGCUCUCCGGCAACUCCGUCCUGACCUACUACCUGCCCUCCAUGUACAAGCUGCUCGGCAUCACCUCGACGGAGCGCCGCCUGCUGCUCACCUUCAUGAACUCCAUCGUUUCCUGCGCUGGUGCCGUUGCUGGUUCGGCCACCAACGACCGCAUUGGUCGCCGCACCAAGCUCUGGGUCGGCAGCAUCGUCCUUGCCUGCCUGUUCGCCGCCGUCACGGGCUUCUCCAGCCAGUUCGAGGGCGACAAGAAGCUCACGGCUAGCCACGCCCUGUCCAACGGUGGCAUCGCCUUUAUCUUCCUCUUCGGCUGCGCCUACUCCUUCGUCUACACCCCCCUCACUGCCACCUACUGCGCUGAGGUCCUCGACAACCCGACUCGUGCCAAGGGCAUGGGAGUGCACGUCAUUCUGUCCAACUGCGCCAACCUGUACAACACGUACGUCACCGCCAUCGCGCUCGAGGCCAUCGACUGGAGGUACUACCUCAUCUUCGUCGGCCUCAACUGCAUCUACAGCAUCGUCUGGUUCACCCUGGGUGUCGAGACCCGUGGCCGCACGCUGGAGGAGAUGGACGCCGUCUUCAACGCCAAGUUCCCGCCCCGGGCUGCGCUGCAGAAGACUGUCAUGGUGCGACAGGGCGAUGGACACCUCGAGGAGCUGGGCCGCGACGUGUAA